GGAAGUGACGUGUUUCGGCGUCAGCCUCUUCCGCUCUCUUUUCGUUGAGGCUCAGCUAGCGGCCGGCCUGCAAACAUGCAGAUCUUCGUGAAGACGUUGACGGGGAAGACCAUCACCCUCGAGGUUGAGCCCAGCGACACUAUCGAAAAUGUCAAGGCUAAGAUUCAGGAUAAGGAAGGAAUUCCCCCUGAUCAGCAGCGUCUGAUCUUCGCUGGCAAACAGCUGGAGGAUGGACGUACACUGUCUGAUUACAACAUCCAGAAAGAAUCCACUCUGCAUCUGGUUCUGCGUCUGCGUGGUGGUAUCAUUGAGCCUUCACUCAGACAGCUGGCCCAGAAAUACAACUGCGACAAGAUGAUCUGCCGCAAGUGCUAUGCCCGUCUGCACCCACGUGCUGUCAACUGCCGCAAGAAGAAGUGUGGACACACCAACAACCUUCGCCCCAAGAAGAAGCUGAAGUAGACAUUUUGACUGAAUCGGCUCUGCAUGCCAUUUUGUGUUAAAAUAAAUGUAAGAAAAUUA